CUUUGAUUAGUUAAAAAUAUUAAAUAACAUUUAAAAAUGGAAGUUUGUAGAAUUUGCAAUUUGGAAAAAUCUCAAGCGGAUUUAAAAAUCACUUUAGAUCAACUAGCAUCUGAAAAACUUUCUUAUAAAUGCUACUUUGAAAAGUUUAGCGGCUCAAGUUAUAGCAAUGAUUCAAGCUUACCACAAAAGAUUUGUAUUACUUGUGAGGCUGAAAUAAACUUAUUCAUCAUUAAAGCUGACUCUUGGAGGCGCAAUGAAAGAACGUAUCAUCGAAGACUUAAAAGAAAACCUUCAGAGCCUCCUGUAAAAGAAGCAAAAGAUGAUACAGCACCAAAGAAGGAAGUUAUUAAAAAAGCAAAAUUGAUGAGUGUAAGAAAUUCAUUUGAUGAUGUCCGGAAGUUGUUUCAGCUCAACGAUAAAGAUCCAUUAAAGGAUUUUGAAAAGUUUUCACGGAUAAUGGUCGAUCAAGAGAACUUGGAGCUUGACGGUGAAAUUUCGUUCAAAUGGCUACAAGAUAAUGUCGUUACUAAGAGAGUGUGGAGUGAGAUGAUCUUUGAUUGUAGCUGUAAAACAAAAGUUUCAUCAUUGAUUGGAUAUUUGAAUCAUCUCAAGACUCACGGAAAUACAUUAAAGCUUCGAUGUCCUGAAAACUGCAAUGAAAUCUUUACUUCAUUGUCUCCGUUUAUUAAUCACUUUGUUUCUCAACAUCAUUACGAAUAUCUUUGCUAUUGCUGUAUCUGCUGUGGUAAAAUAUUUUAUAAUAUUCCUGCCUUGAUCAAUCAUUAUGAAUCGAAACAUCCAAACAUCCAGAACCUUUAUAUGUGCGUUGAAUGUGGAUCAUAUUGCCAAGACUUGAAAUAUUUGUCAUCACAUAAAAAUUUGCAUUAUCCAAUAGCUGACAAGGAAAUCAAAACUGUUGAUCAAGUUGACACCAAAGUUAAUGCUCAAGUUAAGAACAAAGUUAAUGCUCAAGUUGACACCAAAUUUAAUGCUCAAGUUGAAACUAAAGUUGAAGAAGUCAAAACUUCAGUGCCUGAUAAAGAAUAUGAAUUUUUGUUGGAGACAGACAUUUCAUUUUGCGCAACAAAAAAGCCAAGACGUAAACUUCGUUCAAAGAAUAAUAUGACUGUUCCAGAACAAUCAUUUGCUGUAAAAUCAUUUAUGAAUCUUAACAAAACCACGAGAACUUACCAUCCCAAAACUCGUGAAUUUGAUGAAACCAGCAGUCGACCAACUUUUCCAUGUCAGUUUGAAGGAUGUGAGCGUAUUUUAUUGACUAAAUCAGGAUAUGACUAUCACAUGAGAGUACACAACGAUAUUAAGCCAUUCAAAUGUGAUUAUUGCGAAAAGUCAUUUCGAUCGACCCAACUCAAAAAUUCUCAUACUCGUAAUGCUCAUGCAAGUGAGUAAAAUCCUAUAAACUUUUUCAUACACUUUUUUUUUGCAAAAAUUUCUUUUCAAUUUAUUUUGUACUUAAUCAUAAUUAACAUGAUGUUCAAUGUUUUAUAAAUCUGAUAUUUUUAAAAUGAAUAAAAUCAGAAAUGAUUAUUUGAGAAUCAAAAAUAAUAAAAUCCAUAAAAUUUAAAAUAUUGUU